UGCGACCCAAGUUAUCUCUAGGGAGCGAUAACUAAUAUGUGUCGCGCUCAGUUCUUCUCACAACAGUUACUAACGAGAUGAUCAAAUUGGUGUUCCUGUUAGUUUUUGCAGCAAUUGCAGCUGCAUGUCCCAGAGAACCCACCGUUUAUCAGUCGAAAGUUAAUAAAAUACCUGGAGACAAUGGAUACAACAUUAAAAUUAACGAAAAUCCAGAAAAAUACGUGCCAGGAAAGUUGUACACGAUGUAUCUUAUGGGUUCGAGGACAUUCGCCAAAGUUCAACAUUUUACCAGAUUUAUCAUAAACGUAGAAUCAACGAAUAAUCCAGAAAACAUAUCGCCUCAAAAUGUUGGAAGUUUUCAACUCUACGGCGACAAUCUGUCUCAAUUUAAAGAAGAUUGUGUGAAUACCAUCCAUGAGGUAAAUUCUCUUCCAAAAACAGAAGUCUUCUUCAUGUGGUCCGCUCCCCCACCAGGAUCGGGAUGUGUGACAUUUAGGGCUAUGGUUUUUGAAGACGCCAAUCGCUGGUAUUCAGAUGAUGGAGGUUUAAGUAAAACGUUUUGUGAACAAACUGAACAAGAUGUGAAAUUCGACGAAAACGACUGUUGUGCUUGUGAUGAAGCCAAAUACAGUAUGGUUUUCGAAGGUAUUUGGUCAAACAAAACACAUCCAAGAGAUUUUCCGUUUUCUUUAUGGCUAACUCACUUCUCUGAUAUAAUCGGAGCUUCACACGAAAGAAAUUUUACAUUUUGGGGUGAGGGACAGAUCGCAUCUGAAGGAUUCAGAAGUUUGGCCGAAUGGGGAUCUGUCAGAUUGAUGGAAACCGAAUUGAAAGCAAAAGCUAAAUUUCUCAGGACUCUAAUUAAAGCUCCGGGAUUGUGGUAUCCCAAUGUAAACACAAAUACUACAACCACUUUCAAGGUUGACAGAAGGCACCAUUUGAUUUCUUUGGCAUCCAUGUUCGGUCCAACACCUGACUGGGUUGUUGGAGUGAGCGGUCUCAAUUUAUGCCAGAAAACCUGUUCAUGGGUGGAAAAUUUAGUUGUUGAUUUAUAUCCUUAUGAUGCUGGAACUGACAGUGGUAUUACGUAUAUGUCGCCCAAUGCUGAAACGAAACCACGGGAGAGGAUGUACCGAAUCACUACAACGUAUCCGGAGGACCCGAGACAACCUUUCUACGAUCCAUCCAAAAAGGAAAUUCCGAUUCCUUUAGCUAAGCUUUACUUAAAACGUGAAAAGCUCAUUCCAAAAAAUUGCGAUGAAAACUUCCUUACUGCAUUGCUUGACGUAAGCGAAGACACCGAAGAUACAACAAGGGCUGAGUGUGCCGUUACCGAUUAUACACCAUGGACAGAGUGUUCUGUGACUUGUGGCAAAGGCAUCAGGAUGAGAACAAGAGAGUACAGAAUGCCACAAAAGGCACAGAUGUUCGAAUGCAAAAGACAAUUGGUAUCUAAGGAAAUGUGUGUGGCAGCUGUACCAGAAUGCGAGGGUGGUGAGACCAGAAGCGAUUCGGACGAAAUCGACGACAGAAUUGAAGAUAAUCUGAAUGAAGAAGGUGUUUGUUCUACAUCACCCUGGAGACCUUGGACGGAAUGUUCAGUAACUUGUGGAAUAGGAUUUAAAAUGAGAACCAGACAUUUUGUUGACAAAAUGGGAAUGAAGAAGUGCCCCCACGUUACAACUGUUGAAAAAGAAAAAUGUAUGCAACCGGAAUGCGCUGCUGCUGAAGCAGAACUCGCAGAUCCAAUGUGUCCAACGACCGCUUGGAGCGACUGGAGUCCAUGCAGUGCAACAUGCGGUAGAGGAAUUAGAAUGAGAACCAGGCUGCUAUUGGUCGAGCCUGCACUUCAACAAAAGUGUAGUUCCAGAAUUGAGCUUUUGCAACAGUCACACUGUAUUGAAACCCCUGAUUGUAGCUUCGACAUGGCCACUGCCAAAGUGGUAUGUAUGCAGGAAAGCGACUACGGCUUAUGUCAAGGUUACUUUAAUAGAUGGUAUUUUGACGUGAAUCAGAAGACUUGUGUUUCGUUCGUAUACGGUGGCUGUCGCGGAAACAAAAACAAUUUCCUCACAUUUGAUGAUUGCAUGAAUCAGUGUUCUGUUGUAAGGGAUGCUCUUAAUGGUAACGUACCUAGUAACCGUCCGUCAAGCGUUAUAGCAUCAGAAAUUUCAACCCCACCGGUGGAUUGUAUGGUAACUGAAUGGAGUAUUUGGAGCCCAUGCAGUGUCUCUUGUGGAACCGGAUACACGAGGAGGUUUAGAAUGAUUAAGAGGCCGGCUGAAAAUGGUGGAAAACCGUGCCCGAGAGUGCUAGAAAAAACUCGCAGAUGCAGCUUGCCCUCUUGUUAAUAAAAAUAAUUAAGGUGUAAAUUUCAUUUUCGUUGUAUAGCAUUUUAUA